CUCAAUGAAAUGUUAAUUGAGGGAGCACUCAGUAUCCUGACGCGGGCUUUCCGGAUCGCUUUGAGCGGUACAUGUGACCUCUUGUUUAACAAAGAUGGGCAAGAAAUCGAAGAAAAAUCGUUUCAACCAGAGCGUGGAUGUUGACAUUGUGUAUUCGAGCAACACAAUUGCUGAAAUGGACCCAACAGACAACCUAGCAGAGCUCAAUUUAUCGUCUGAAAAGGCUGAAGAACUUCAGAAAAUUAGAGCAAAAUUGCCAACAUUCACAUCAACAUCUUCAGUUGAGAGCGAACUGGCGAAGUUACCUGUAGAGAAGCCUUUCAGGGCAUUUGUUUACAAUGUAGCGUAUUCAGCUACAGAACAGAACGUCGCAGAUUUUUUCUCCCCGCUCAAGGUUACAAACAUUAAUAUUGUCAGUGGGGAUGGUGGGUCUCGUGGUUUCUGUUUUGUUGACUUUGCAAGUCGAGAUGACUUAGCAAAAGCUCUUGAGCGCUCUGAUUCAUCUCUGGCUGGUCGACAAGUCAGUGUCCGCAUUGCUGCUCCAAAUAAUUCUGAGCGAGGUGGAUUCGUACGUGAGAAGAAUUAUUGUUCUGGAAUGCGCCGUAGUGAAAUAGGUUUUGAGCGCCAGCGAGGUGUCUACAAACCUGCUGCUCUCCGAGAUGAUGGUGAAGAUGUUGAAUCAAUUUGGAAGAGAGGUUUCGUCAGUCGUACAAGCACCUUCGGUUCAUCUAGGUUAACAUCUCUAAGUCAAAGUCAACUGCCUUUGGAGCCUAACCUUAAACCAGGUGUACCAGGAGAGCGACCAAAACUUAAUUUACUUCCUCGCUCUGCACCACGAGAUUUAAAUGAACUAUCUGGACGAAAUUCAAAAGUUUUUGGUGAGGCUCGACCAGUAGAUACGGCUAGUAAAAGCCGUGAAGUUGAACAGCGACUAACUGCGACUGACCAAACUAGUGUCUUCUCUACUAAUCUUUAAACUCUCUGUAUUCUAAUGUUCCACAUACAUUAUUUCUAAGUGUUUAAAAAAUACCAUGUAUCAGCCUGAGUGACACAAUACUUCAUUUUCUCCUUUGUAUCCACUCGGAUCUUUUAAAUGCGAACACCUUACAAUUAAAAACGCAGCCUAGGGUUUUUCUAUCAACACAUUUUGUAAAGUUGUAUCGUUAACUUUCCCGUGUUUUUACUAUUUUGUCGCUACUUUUUCCACUUUGAGUUUGACUUUGUCCAUGCACUGAUAUGGAGAUACGAUUGUACUUCCUAUGUUAGGAAACAGGUGUCACAGGAAGAUAGCUCCUGUGAUUGACUCACAGAUUUGCACGAAUGCCGAACACUUGUUUAGACAAUAAACAUGUGCUUUUGUCUUGCGGUAAUCAACUGGGCUUUCAUUACAAAUGGAGUAUUCCAUUUAAAAAAGGGGUUAGUAGUCUAACUAAAAGGUUGAUCUAAUAAGAUAACUGAUCAACUUAUCACUUAAGGGAUGUUUAUUUACACGUUCAGUCCUGUACAGUGUAAGACACAGUUCUUUGUUUCGGUGUAAAGUGGUAACCCAGUGCCUAAAGCAUUCGAUUUAACCAUUAGACUGAAAGAUCGGAUUUCGCUUUACAUAGUUUGGUCUCGAGCAGUUGGGUAGCAUCACUACACCUAACGCAAAAAUUGUAAACCGGGACCAAGUACAUGGAUUUUACUAAAUAAAUACCCUUAAAGGUAAAUGAACUUCAUGCGUUCAUGUUAUUAUAUCAAGCUUGCUUAAAUGAAUGAAACAAAAAAUCUGUUUUAAUCGGAAAAUAUGGAUAUCCAAAAUAAUAUUUACAGUAAUUCUGAUUUCUAUCGUCCCGCAAGAAACUCAUUCCAAAAUAAAUAAUUUCGAUGUCAUUGUUUAUUCAGAAGUGCUUGCGUGGUUCGACGUGUGGGUUUAUUACCAAGUAAUAGUCCUCAAAAUUUCCUCAGGGUUUUGUUACAAAUGAACUUAAUUAUUAUUUAUUUAAUCACAUAAAUAUCGGUACAAGGAAGCACCAGAUACAUAUGCACCGCACAAAUCUCAUUCGAUUUGUGUGAAGGCUAUGAUAUUGCCCAGGUGCCUAAACUGAAGCAGAUGGUUUUCUUAGAGGGCCACACACGGAGCCUUUAACCUAAAAGUCUGA